ACUAACGAAUCCCCAAAGAUCGAAGAAAUCAUCGUACUAUCGUAGGAAAUUAUAUUUCGUUUUGUGCAUGGUUCGUUGCCACGAUGAUGGGUGAAAAUUGGUCGAGUUUUUUGUUGUUAUCGUGAGGCUUAAUGUCGCAGGAACAUAAUAAUCAAGUAUCGAAAGAGCGACUGAGAGAAAAGGAAGAAAAGUGGAGAGGAUCGACACGAUAUACGGAUUGAUACGGGUAGUAUUAUAUUAUGAACGAGAAACGAGAGCACAACGUUUUUGCAGCUAGUGCCUUCUUCGUCAUUCUACAGUGUUAAAACGACAGAUAAAACAAACGAAAAUAAAAAUAUUAGUAAAUAACUCGCACACAGUUCUGAACGUACAGUACAAAAGCGUAAAUCUUUAUCAUCUGCCGCGAGACUCGGUUUUUAUCUUGCCAAAAUAAUAUCAACCUUUUUUCGUCCAUGUAUUAUCAUACUAAAUACCUCCGCCCCACCCCUUAAGAUGCCUUGUAAUUCCCAUGUCUCUUUUUUCCUGAUAAUCCGGCUUCGUUGAAACUAGUGUAAGAAAAAACAAAGGAAGACGAAUAUUCGUCAAUUUUUCGGUAUGCGAAAGUGUGGAUCUUAGUUACGGAAUAAUACGAGAAAAGACAGUGAAUACUUGGUCACUGUAUUGCUUCCAGAAACAUCAUCAUGUACGCCCUACCAAUGAGAGCAGCAUGUCCCGGAGACAAUUCGAAUGAGCAGGACAAGAGCACUCAUCACCAUCAAGAUGUCCCAAGACCAAUUCCACAGGACUGCAGUUCCUUCGACAUAGUCAGAGCUACCCAGUACGGAGCUCUAGAGAGAGUGACAGAGUUGGUGGAUGCCGGAGCCGACGUAAAUCAGCCUGAUGCUGAAACAGUAACAUUACUGCAUUGGGCAGCGAUAAACAACAGAAAAGAAAUUGUUAAAUAUUUAAUAGCAAAAGGAGCAAACGUUGAUGCGAUUGGUGGAGAGUUAGCGUCGACUCCUCUUCAUUGGGCCACAAGGCAAGGUCAUCUGUCGACAUUCGCGAUAUUAAUGAGAGCUGGUGCCGAUCCUACACUCAGAGACUCGGAGGGUUUCUCGUGCAUACAUUUGGCCGCCCAAUUCGGUCACACUGGUAUCGUCGCCUAUCUAGUUGCAAAAGGUGUUAAUCCUAAUACACCUGAUCGUAGUGCCAUGACAGCGCUUAUGUGGAGUGCAUACAAAGUCAAUAGUCAGAACUUUCACUAUAUCUUUAGCUUGGAUCCGACGCGACUUUUGUUAAUACUCGGAGCGUCCCAUUCUCUGACGGACAACCUUCACGGUAACACCGCCUUACAUUGGGCUAUAAUAGCCAAAAACAACACAGCAAUAUCAACCCUAGUCCAUCAGGGAGCGUCUCUUGACGUACCCAACUUCCAGAAUGAGACCCCAAUGACACUUCUGGGACCUCAUAUCGGCGCCGCUUGGCUCGGACACAAAGUUAGCCACGAGAUUAGAGAAAGACAGGGAAGAACGAGAGCGUGGUGCAGGGAUAAGAGAAUACGUUGGUACUGUAUGGUCAGUACACCGUUCAUAGUGUUUUACAUAAUUGGGAUAAUUUUUCAAUGUGAAUUGGAUUACUUGAUAAAACUAGGUGCCUUUCUCACCCUCUAUAUCGCUGUUUACCUAGCGAAAAAUUUCCUAUUCGACGAAAGGCUAUUUCAAAUAUUACCAAUGUCCAUUUAUUUAGCGACGAAGAUGUGGGUAUAUAUCACGUGGAUAUUUUGGUUAGGCAUUCACGCAGCCUGGUACCUUUGGCUAAUGUUAGUCGGUGGUUCGGUGCCACUUUGGAUAUGUUUCUUGAAAACGUGGCGCGGUGAUCCUGGAGUAAUAUCAGCAACGCACGAAGAUAAAUUGAAUACGAUAAUAGAAUUAGCGGAGACUGGUGGUUUUGAGCCACAAUGGUUUUGCACGAGCUGUCUUGUAAGAAGACCGAUACGAUCCAAACAUUGUUCCAUUUGCGAUCGUUGCGUCGCUCGUUUCGAUCACCACUGUCCAUGGAUAAACAACUGCAUCGGGUCUCAUAACCACAAGUAUUUCUUGGGAUUCCUCGCCUCUCUAUUUGGAUUAUGUAUCGUAAUACUGUCAGCGAGUGUCCAGUAUUGGCAGUUCGAGUGUUGGACAAAUUUGACCAACGGUCAUACGGCAGACAGCUACCUGGUAUCGGCGGCUACUUGUGAUCCUUGGGUCAUGUGGGUGACGGUAAACACGGCUCUACAUUCGCUGUGUGUCGGUACUCUUCUGGCUUGUCAUACCUACCAAAUAAUGGUAUUGGGCAUGACGACGAAUGAGCGCCUCAACGCUGGACGUUACGAACACUUCAAACAAGGUAAUCCUUUCCAUCGCGGUGCACUACAGAAUUUGGCAGAUUUUUGCAACUUAAGCUUUUGCGGUGUGAAAGCAAAACCAAGCUCCGACUGGCUUCACAGUUUCGAUCUCAAGGAGAGCGUCGAAAAGCUACCUCUACUUACAGCGAAAGACAACUUUCAAUAUGUCUAGGGAUUCCAGUAUUUUAAAUAAUCUGUUUAAAAUGAAAAACAAAGAAACAAACAAAUGCGUGUAUUUAUGAUUUAACGUAGCCACCAGAUGCUGAAACACCAUAUCACACUCUUGAUCGGCGUCGUAUUGUGCUAACCAAAGAGUUGUCACGUGAAACAUUUGUUGGCAAAUGUUGAACACGCUGAAAGCGUUUAAACUAUCAAUUGGAUUCUCAAGCCUCCUAACGCAUCUUAUUAUUAGUUUCGAUACGCUGAAUACUCUGUAGAGAUUUGGAGAUCCAAUUUUCAUGACAAAGAGACUGCUAUUUCGUUUCUUUUACUUUUUUUCGUAUUUGUCUCAUGAAUAUGCAUAUCGUAAUUUCUUCGAGGAUGCAUCGACGGAAGAGGCAAGUUCGUAAAUAUCAUGAAACAAUUAUUCGAGAAGCAGAACCCAAGACCGAAAUCAAAAAUCGUAUCGCUCCUGUAAAUUUUUUUUUUCUGUACCUUAUAUCAACCUUCGCAAUGUACGUUUUACACACCAUUUAUUCCUUUAUUUUUGUACACUGUAGUUAGAGAAAAUGAUCAUACUCGUUAAAAUUCUAUCAAUGUAACACAACGCAAUAGAGAUUAUUGUCACUUGACGAAUACGAUUGAUCUUUUGUAAACCGAGACGACCUUUUUUUAUUUGAACAUAUCACUUUGGCCGUUUAUUUAUAUGUUGUAUUUUUAUUUAUUGCGUUUUCUUCUUGUUUCAAUCAUUUCAACGUUAUUUUUUUUACGCACAUAAUUAUAUACAGAAUAAAUGUGAUACAUAUUUGGUAAUCUUUUACAAUAAUUCCGAAUAUUUUGAAUUUUAUCAAACCCGAGGUACUUAUAAAAAAUACACCUUCAUUUUAUCGUGUUUUUAAGAUUUCCGUUGUUUGUUUUAGAAUUUUUUUUUUUUUCAAACCUCUGUGAUCUCGAUAAUUUUAAAGUACGAAAUUACCCGGUAUUACUUCGAUAUACGUAUAUUUUCUUUGAUCAGACACUUUAUCUUUUUUUCUCCUAAUUCAUUUUCUUCGUUCAACAUUCCAAUAUUUCAGUAGUUGUUGCAUAUAAAAAAUAUUGCGAUUUCGACAUCAAUCGGCAUUUAACUAAAACGGUCAGAGUCCAAUCGCACACAAUAUUUCGUGGGUUAUGGUGAAUGAAUUGAAUGAAGUACGGUUAAAUCAAGUUGUACAUUAUACACUUUUAGCAAUACAAGUUUUCCUAUUUGUAUAUCACUUACGUGUAAGUUAAGUAAUCUGUCAUCCUUACGCGUGUCUUUUAUAUAAUAUAUAUAACAAAACAAAAUGGCAAUGUCUAUUAAACACGACCACGGCUUCCGUAAAUAAAGUAGACCGUAGCAAAAUAUCUUUGUGGCUCUCUCAUAUUUUUUUCUCACUGUUUAAUCACUAAACAUUGACAUAUUCGAUUUAAGUAAUUUUGACAACGUCAAUAAUGACUGCUACUACGAAUGCUAAACCCAAAUGCUGUGAUUCGAGGGUACAAAACAUAAUAUUGUUCGAAAUUACUUUGUGAGAUGUUCCUUCCGUCGGGAGAUCCUUUUUACUGGACAAACGAUCAGGUUCUCGAAUCACUGGCAGUAGUUGUUAUGAUUAUUAUUAUUAUUUUUUGUUUUAAGGAAGGAAGAAAUUUUCAAAACAAUUGGGAACGCAAUGGCUCCUGUAAAGAGUCUCUGGCAGUGAACUCGCUUUCAUAAAUGUACUUGUCUCCGAGUCGCUACCGCGACUCCAGAUAUUGUGGGAUGAAAUUGGAAUGCUUUUAUUUUCUAGUCUGGUGUAUUUACGUGUAUAUACCACUAGCGAAACGAUCUCUCAUCGGCAUGAUAAAGUAAAUAGGCUGACGACCGGAGAUUAUCGUCAAUUAUAUUUAUAAAUAACAAACGCGCAGAAAUUUGCAAUUUUCUUUGCCCGAUUCUCUUGAAAAGCAAGACGAAUCGAUAUUUUAAUAAACAUUCUUAUGAUCGAAAAUGAAAAUGCAUUGAAAUAGUUACUAAGGUUCUUUUCAAUACGAGAUAUUAAGGAUGCGAAAUAACGAGAUAAACAGAUACGUAGAUUGCGAAUAGUCAUUUUUUCUUUCGUCUGUAGAAUAAGACGCCUUGGAAAAGAAAUUUUCAAAGAAGAAUGAAAUUAUCGAGAACUGCUCGAUCGAACGUUACACAAGCAGAUGUUGGUUAGAAAUUUAAGGAAGCGUAAAAUAGAGCGAUGACUUCGCAACGGCUUAUAUACACAUAGAGGUUGCGUCAUUGUCGCUUGACGCAUAAAUAAACGUAAUUAGGAUAUUCGCGUGAUUGUAGAAUUCAAUUUAUGUAUUGUAAAGUUUCGGCAUCGUUGAAUGAUAAAACAAAAAACGAUACGUUAAAUUCAAAGCAAACAUGUCUGUAUUAUUCACUUCGAGUUUCAUUGGUGUACAUUGCUUUAAGAGAAAAAAAAAUAGAAAAAAAGCGACAAAUUGUCCGACGAAACGAAAUUGUAAAAAAAAUAAGAAAAUAAACGAGAUUCUCGAAUCCUCAUGUAAGUGAUGAUGAAUAAAUGGCUCGUUUGACAA